AUGGCCCUAGCACGUAGAUAUGAACAAGGUCAAGGAAGCAAACUACAAGUCCGUGAAAAGAUCACCGACGUCGUCUAUGGCUUGAAGAUCGAAUAUUGGGAGCAAUUACCUCAACCUACACUGAGCACCUUAGUAGAGUUGAGGCAAUCAUUGGUCAAUGCAGAGCGACACAUGAAUGUCAUUCGUCAUACAGUUGGUCUUGGCGUGUUACCUCAAGCCAACACAGCUCAUCCUGCGACAGGGUUAGCGGCGUAUCACCAUAGAAAUAUGGAGGCUCCUGUCCAUGUUAUUUUGAGACCAGUUCAAGACAAGGCAAUGCCACAGCGACACCGCCCAGAAACCAUACAAAUCACUCAAGAACAAUUGGAAAACACUUUAGCCAACGCUAUGGAUCGCAUGGAAGCUCGGCUUCAAUCGAGCAUGAUCAACCAGAGAGCAAGCGGACAGCGCUGCUACAACUGUCAAGAAGAAGGACAUCAUGCCGUGGAUUGCCGCAAGCCAUGUCGUAUAUGUAAUUCAUCACAACAUCGAUCAAACAGCUGCCCUAAGCGAGUAGGAGGCUCGGGAUCUAGGGGUCCACAGGAUUUUCAACAGGGUUACCAGUGA